AUGAGAUUCCACGAUUUCAUGCUGAAUAUAGCUGAAGCAUGGCUAGAACUAUCAACUUCCGCACGAGCACCUCGCUUCGAUCCACCGGAAAGACUGACAGGAAAUAUGAAACAACACGAACCUUGGCUGGACGCAGAUGAAACUCCAAAACAUAUGCCGAAACCGAACCUUCAUUCGCGUAAGACAUUGGUGUCUGUCUGGUGGUCAGCAAAGGAUGUUGCACAUUAUUCAUUUUUAAAAAAGCCGGCAUUAGUCAAUAGACGUGGUGUGUUAUUGCUUCACGACAAUGCUCGGCCACAUAUUGCGAAACAAACUGUAAAAAAAUUAGCAGAGUUGAAGUGUGAAGUUCUUCCUCACCCUCCUUAUUCGGCUGACCUCUCACCUACUGAUUACAAUUUCUUCAAGCACCUAGAUGACUUUUUGAAUGGAAAAAUGUUCAAAGAAGAAUGUGCUAUUCAAAAACGGCCAUUUCAUUCGCAACAACCUAAUAGAAGAAAUCCCGAUGCCAUUGAAAAGAUAAAAAAUGGCAUAUGGGCAACGUAUUUUCAUAUGAGCUCGUCACACGAAAAUCCAAUAGUUGGUGCAAGUGACGUAAAGCAGAGGCUGCGGGGAUUUAAGGGAGAAGGUGAACUUGAUUCUGGUGACGAAUUGCUGGACAGGACUUUGAAGGGACAGUUAGCGAUCGAUGAUGGAGAAAUUGAGGAAGACAUAGCAGAUUCAACUGAAAAUGACGAAUGGAUAGAUGUUUCGGAAGUGGAUAAUAUUCCAUCUUCUAUGGAUUUCGAUAUUUCACCCCAAAUUGCCGGACCACAAAUUUCCAACAAUAUAAAAGAACCAUUAGAUUUUUUUCGAUUAUACUUUACGGAUACAUUGAUUGAUUCCAUAAUAAAAGAGACAAAUGAUUAUGCAAAUUCAAAACUGCGAGGAAAGCAAUUGUCAAAGAGAUCAAUAUGGAAUACAUGGAGUGAUGUUAAUCGGAAAGAAUUUCUGGCCUUCGUUGGAGUGAUCUUGAAUAUGGGAACCAUGCAGGUUGCAAAUCUCCAGGAAUAUUGGUCUACCAAAUUCACCAGUAAAAUUCCAUUCUAUUCAGACAUAUUUACCCGAGACAGAUUUCAACAAAUAUUCUGGAUGCUUCAUUUACAGAAAAAUGCACCAGUAGGCAGAAAUACCUGUAUAAGGCCCCGCAUUCAAAAGGCUAAUAGCUUUUUACAAUACAUCAACUCAAAAUUUUCCGAACAUUUUAUACCUUAUAAGUCGAUUUGCGUUGAUGAAUCCAUUAUAAAAUUCAAGGGGAAAAUAUGUUUUAUGACAUAUAACCCAGCUAAACCCACUAAAUGGGGAAUCAGAAUUUACGUUCUGGCUGACUCAAAUACCGGUUAUGUUUAUUCGGUUUUGCCUCAUUACGGCAGUAUUACUUCUGAAAAUCUGAUAAGACCUGAUCUGCCUGUCAGUUCCAGAAUUCCCUUAGACCUGUAUAGAAAACUAUUGGACAAUGUUCCUCAUGCUAAAGGUUAUCACAUGUAUACCGACAGGUAUUAUACAAGUAUACCCCUUGCUGAAGAACUGCUAAAGAUGAAUUGUUUCCUUACCGGCACAAUAAAAACAAAUAGGAAAUAUUUACCAAUGGUAAUAAAAAAACCGAGAUUUGUAAGGGGCAGAAAAACAGUGGCCCACAGAAAAGGCAAAACCCUAGUCCUCGCAUGGAAGGACAAAAGGACUGUAACUUUGUUAAGUACCUAUAAUGAAGCGGGUUUGAUAUCGGAGUACGAUACUAUUGAUAGAAGAGUACGUGGUGGUGAAUUAGUCAGUAUACAAAAACCUAAAAUUGUUAUUGAUUAUACAAAGAAUAUGCGUGGAGUAGAUCGGGCCGACCAAUAUGCUGCAACAUAUUGUUUUUUAAGAAAAUCCCUGAAAUGGUGGAGAAAACUAUUUUUCAGGGGGAUGGAAAUUUGUUAUACAACCACAGAAAUGUGUAUAGUAAACUCAUACAUAUUGUACACUCUGUUAAAAAAAAUAAAUAAUGAAAAACCAAUGUCACAUUUGAAGUUUGUAAAAUUGUUGGUGGACCAAUUGGUUGGGAAUUUUCGACAAAACAGCACAUCUCGAGACUCCAUUUACACACCAAAUACGGAGGGCAGGCUCAACAACCACCUACACAUCAUACGUUCUGGAACCAAGAAAGAUUGUGUAGUGUGUUCUAAUAGAAAAAUUCCGGGCGAAAGACGGCAGACACAUUAUUUUUGUGAUACCUGUAUAGAAAAGCCAAGAUUACAUAUUGGCGAUUGCUUCAAGAGGUAUCACACCUUGGACGAUUACAAAAUAUCCAUUCGUGAGCAACUUGAAGAUGAAAAUUGGAACCCACCGUCAACGCAGACAACAAGGCGGCGAUUAUUACGCGCAGCCGAAAAACAUGGACGUUCUACAAGGAAAGUACCAUAUUUAAAUAAGCAGAAUAUUUAA